AUUUUAUUUCUUUUGGCGCAAAUGUUACAAGCUAAAGAUGGUCGAGCAUUAAUUGGUAGCGUGGCAUCUUGUUCUCAAACUAUCGGAUCAUCAGGCUGCUUAUUUUUGGCUUAUAAAGCGGUGAAACAGAAAGUAAUAGAUUUUAUACCACUUAAAACAGUAGCAAUUAUAUGGGUUCUGGAAAUACACGUUGUCAUCUACAGCAUUGGGAUCAUGGAUUUCCAUUUAUUGGUGGCGAAUGCAGCAUUUAUGAUAACAAGUGGUUUGCUUUUGUUAAUGUUUUUCAUUUAUCCUACCAAAGCGCCGAAAACAAAGCCAAGCAAUUCUCUUCCACCAGCAUCCAUAUAA